AUCCUAUCUAAUCAUACAUUUCAUCUAUUGAAAUACAUUACCCCUUUAUUGAAGUCACCCUCUACUUGAUAGCCGCCUAUCAAAUACCAAUUAGAAACACCACUGAAUAAUCAACACAAUGGAUACCUACACUACUACCGACAUGUCUAACAACGCUCACGCCAUAAACCCCGAGGCCGAGCAGUCUAUGUACUCGAUGCCUACCACAGAGUUAUCAAACGGCAACAUGGAGACUACCACAACUCCAUUGGGACCAGUAGGAAUCAAGCGCGUGUACGAUGAGGCCUUCGUCACGCCGACGCAGGAGGACAAUGACCAACGGGGCCACCCGAUCAAGCGUUGCCGUCCGGCUUCGGCUGAGCCUACCUCCACAGAGAUGGUCUACGCUUCUGCUUCUAACACUAUCACCCCCCGGCAGAAGUAUCCCUAUACCCCUCCCACCAUCACCACCACUCCUACCACCACUGCUAUCGAUUUCUCCGGAUAUGACUUCGAUUUCCCCGACUACGACUUCAAUGCAGGAGACCAUGACGAGACCUUCGUGUAUAACUCGGAUCCAUUAGACCCUGAAGAUCUUCGCGAUAUAAUCGACAAUAACUUCGUGAAAGUGAUCGCGGAGAUAUAUCCUGAUGAGUCCUACACCGGGUUCGGCGGUAUGAUUAAUAUUGGCCUGGAGAACCUCGCUAGGGUCUUCGCGCCGGAGAUGGUUGGCGAUGGUGAAGACUCAGACUCAAAGGAGGAAUGCCAGGGAUACCAGGUGAAUGGGGUGGCCGAGGAGGUCAAAGAGACUGAGGAAGUUCAGGAGGAGAAGGUGUACACGGAGGAUGAGGAAAGCUCGGAGGACGACUCGGGAUAUGACUCGGGAUAUGACUCGGAAGAGGAAUCGGAAAAGGAAAUGGAAGAGGAAUCGGAAGAAGAAUCGGAAGAAGAAUUGGAGGAAGAACCGGAGGAAGAAGAAUAUGAGGAAGAGGAGUCGGAGGUCUCGGAGGAGGAGUAAAGCUCCCUCUUUCUCAACAGGAUGCUAAAGUCUCGCUUACGACGACACGAAGCACAAACGAUGGUUUACAGGACUGAAAUUGUUUUAUGCCACUAUCAUGUAUUAUGCUACCAUGAUAACCUCAUGGGUUAACAUAUUGGUUUAGCUUGGUGGCUGUUUAUCAACGGGGAGGAAGUUUUCAUGUUUGGCUUUGGUUUUGAAUAAGGGGAUAUAAUUUG